AUGUUAAGUAUUGGAGACGCAUUUUCUCGUCAAAAGCAUGUCGUCCCAGUCGACGGUAAUGCAGCUGCCGCAUAUGUCGGUUAUGCAUUUACAGAGACUGCAUUCGGCUAUCCAAUCACUCCUUCAACAACAGCUUUCGAAUUAGUUGAGCAGUGGGCCAAUAAGGAUCACAGGAAGAAUAUUUUCGGACAAGUUCCAACAUGCAUUCAGCUCGAACAUGAAGGUGGCGUUGCAGGUUCUCUUCAUGGUGGCUCCGUUGCUGGUGCAGUCGCAUCUACAUUCACAUCCUCCCAAGGUUUACUUUUAAUGCUUCCAAAUAUCAUCAAGAUGAAGCAUGCCCAAGUUCCUACCGUCAUUCAUGUUGCCUCCCGCUCACUUAUUUCUUCGAUUGGUACAAUCGAAUGCGACCAUUCAGAUGUUAUGACAGUCAGAGCCAGUGGAGCUAACAUGCUUUCAUCAGCUUCUAACCAGGACUGCCACGAUCUUGCUGCUGUUGCUCACAUUGCUGCUAUGAAAUGCCAGAUCCCAUUCCUUCACUGGUGGGAUGGUUUCAGAACAUCUCAUCAGAUUACAAACGUCGAGCUUCUUGAAUACGACGAAUUGAAGCCACUCAUUCCUCAGAAGGAACUCGAUGAAUUCCGUGAACGCGCUUUCAACCCUAACCAUCCUUCCCUUCGUAUGCUUGCUAUCGAUUCAUCAUUCCACUUCCAAGCUGAUACAGCCGCUGCUUACCGUUUCCAGAAUGUUCCACAAAUUGUCCAAGAAUCAAUGGAUGAACUCGCAAAGAUUACAGGACGUCAGCACCAUCUCUUCGACUACUACGGACAUCCACAAGCUGAAUCCGUCAUCGUUGUUCUUGGUUCAACAUCCCAGAACAUUUCGGAAGCAGUUGACUAUUGCAACGCAAAGGGUGCCAAGUACGGUGUUGUUACAGUCCAUCUCUACCGCCCAUUCUCACCAGAGCAUCUUUCCAAGGCAAUUCCAAAGUCAUGCAAAGUUAUUACAGUUCUCGACAGAGUUAACGAGAACGGCGCCUUCACACAACCAUUACAUUCCGAUGUUUGCGCCGGUUUCAUGGCUAUUGGCGACAAUCGUAAGAUUCUUGGUGGCAUGUUCGGCAUUGGUGGCCGCGAGCUUACACCAUCACAGGCCGCCGAAGUCUUCAAGAACUCUCUCUCCGAGAAACCACGCAAUCUCUUCAGAAUCGGCAUUGUCGAUGACUUAAUGCACACAAGCCUUCCAGUACCAGAGGAAAUUGAUAUGGUUCCAGAUGGCACAAAGCAGUGCAUCUUCUGGGGUCUUGGCUCCGAUGGUACAGUUGGCUCCAACAAGGAAUCAAUCAAGAUCAUCUGCAAGGAAACACCACUCUACGGCCAAGGCUACUUCACAUACGAUGCUAAGAAGUCUGGUGGUCUCACACGUUCCCACCUCAGAUUCGGCAAGAAGCCAAUUACAUCAAACUACGCGAUCAAGCAGGCUGAUUACAUUGGUGUCCACUGCAUCAACUUCCCACGCGUCUAUCCAGUCGCUAAGGAGUUGAAGAACGGCGGCAUCUUCGUUUUCAACUGCCCAGCACACAAUGCUAAGGAACUCGAGAAGUACAUUCCAAAGGCAACACUCCGCCAGCUCUACGACAAGAAGGCUAAGGUUUACUGCAUUGAUGCUACAAAGAUUUCCAUCGAUUGUGGAAUUCCAGGACGUAUCAACCUCAUCAUGCAGACAGCCUUCUUCUACCUCUCUGGCGUUCUUGAGACAAACCACGCUAUCAAGGUUUCAAAGGAUUCCGUCGAAGAGCAGUACGGACAUUCCGGCGAAGCAGUCGUUAAGGCCAACAUCAAGGCUAUCGACUCCUCCAUCGAUAACCUCAUCAAGAUCGAAAUGCCACAGGAAUGGGGCCAGUUCGAUCCAACACCAAUUUCCAGAUUCGCCAACGCCGAUGCUCCAGAGCUCAUGAAGAAGGCCAUCUUCCCAAUCUUCGAGCUCAAGGGCAACGAGAUGAAGCCAUCCGAUCUCAUUCCAAUCACAGCCAGAAUCCCACGUGACGGCUUAGGCUCAUCCAAGUACGAGAAGCGUGGCAUUGCUACAAACAUCCCAGUUUGGGACGCCGACAAGUGCAUCCAGUGCAAUACCUGCGCUUACUCAUGCGCACACGCUGUCAUCAGACCACAGUUGAUGAAGCACGGCAAGGGGCCAGAAGGAGUCAAAGUUCUUCAGUCCAAGAAGUUCAAGGGAUACGACUUCGCCAUCACUGUUUCAGCACACGACUGCUUAUCAUGCCAAGUUUGUAUCGAGAAGUGCCCGACAAAGGCAUUGUCAUUCCCACUUGCCACAGAGGAAGUUGUCACAAAGGCUGCCGCACUCUACGACAAGUUCGCCAAGCUUCCAGACAUCGACGCAUUACGUGAGGCUGAUCCAGCUCUCAACGAAAGCCUCGAGAAGAAGAAGUGGACAGCUGAUGGCUCACAGUACUACAAGCCAUUACUUGAGUACUCUGGUGCCUGCGCAGGCUGUCACGAGACAUUGUACGCCAAGAUGCUCACACAACUCUUCGGCCCACGUCUCAUGAUCGCCAACGCUACAGGCUGCUCCAUCGUCUGGUCUGGCUCAUUCCCAUCACAGCCAUGGACAUACAACUCACGCGGACAAGGCCCAACAUGGGGCAACUCCUUGUUCGAAGAUAACGCUGAGUUCGGCCUCGGUAUCGCCGCCGCCGUUGCUCACCGCAGAUUCGAACUCAAGGGAAUUGUCGAGAGAUUCAUCAAGUCCGGCGAGAAGUGCGAUCCAGCACUCAUGGCAUUGUUCACAGAGUGGCUCGCCAACUACGACAAGGGUGAGAAGUCACUUCCACUCUCCAACUCCAUCCAGGACAUCCUCAAGACAAUCCCACAGACAACAGGAUUGUUCGGAGAGAUCCAGAAGAGAUACGACUUGUUCGUCAAACCAUCAGUCUGGAUCGUCGGUGGCGAUGGCUGGGCUAACGAUAUCGGUUUUGCUGGCCUCGACCACGUCGUCGCUACAGGUGCUGAUGUCAACUGUCUCGUCUACGAUAACGAGUCAUACGCCAACACAGGCUUCCAGACAUCCAAGGCAUCUCCACGUGGCUCCGUCCUCAAGUUCGCAGCAACAGGCAAGGAUAAGCCGAAGAAGGACCUCGCUGGCAUGUUCUUACAGUACCCAGAUGUCUACGUCGCAUCAUGCGUCAUCGGCGCUAAUGCUGCUCAGACAGUCAAGGCAAUGAAGGAGGCCGACGAGCACAAGGGCACAUCAUUCAUCGACUGCUACUGCCCAUGCAUCGGACACGGCGUCAGACCAACAAUGAAGAACGGCCACAAGCAGGCUAAACUCGCUGUCGAGUCCGGAUACUGGCCAAUCUUCAGAAGGAAGCCAGGACAGAAGGUUGUCUUAGAUAACCCAACAAUGAAGAAGGAGAAACUCGCUGACUUCUUGAAGCACGAAUCUCGCUACGAAUCACUCAGAAAGAUCGACUCCAAGAGACAACACGAUCUCCAGGAACUCUUAGGCAAAGAUAUUGAUCAGCGCUGGCAGAGACUCCAAGAAUUAACUAAGUAA